ACCACAAAAGUUCAUCAAGGCAGCCCCCGCCGGUGAUCCCCACCCACCUAUGGCCGGCGAGCCUGCCCCCACGCCCGCCGGCACGGCAGCGGAGCCCGAGCGCCUCCUUGCGCUGGCCGAGUCCGCGCUCUCCGUGGGGCGCCUCCGCGCGGCCCACAAGCACGCCAGCCGCGCCGCCCUCCUCGACCCGGCCUCCCCGCGCGCCGCCCUCCUCGCCACCGCCGCCAACGUCCUCGUCGCCGACCCCGCCUCCCACUACGCCGUCCUCCUGCUCCCGGACGACGACUCCGCCUCGCCGCUCUCCGCCUCCGCCCUCCACCGCCACUUCAAGUCCCUCGUCAAAUCCCUCCGCGUCAACCCUCAAGACUCCGCAACCUCCCCCGCCGUCAAGGCGGCCGUAGAGGAAGCGCUCGGCCGCGCCGCCGAGGCCUACGAGGCGCUCACCGCCCCGCCCCCCGCCCCCGCCCUCGACACCUUCUGGACGGCCUGCGCCGGCUGCCGCCUCCUCCACGAGUUCGAGCGCAAGUAUGUGGGGUACCGCCUCAUGUGCCCCUCCUGCCACCGAAUCUUCCUCGCCACCGAGAUUCCGCCUCCGCCGGAGGCGGGACCCCCUACACCUGCGCUGCGGCCGGCCGAGGAGCCCGAGACCGAGAAACCGGAGAUGACGCUCGCUGAGAUAAAGCUCGAGCUCGCCAAGAAGAGAGGGGCAAAGGCUUCCAAGAAGAGGUCAUCCAGAGGCGAGGUGGAGCAGGAGGACGGCGAGGAGGUUGAGGCGGAGAACAAUCAUUCCGACCUCAUGGCAGUGGUGGACUCUGACUUCUACAACUUCGACGCCGACCGCGGUGAGCGGUGCUUCAAGAGAGGCCAGCUCUGGGCUUUGUACAGCGAUGAUGAUGGCAUGCCGCGCUACUACGCAUUGGUGGAGGGGGUGCUGCGAGGCAGCCGAUUCCGCAUCCAGAUAAGAUGGCUGGAUGGUGGUGAGGAGGGGAAACCAUGUGGGCAGUUCAAGGUUGGGAGUGCAGACACUCUGCAUUCAGUCAAUGUCUUCUCACAUCUUGUCGCCUGCGAGAGGGUGGCGAGGGAGGUGUACCGGGUUUACCCCAGGAAGGCCUCGGUUUGGGCCUUUCAUGGUGACCAGGCAAGCAGCACAGGGAGGGGAAAGUAUGAAAUUGUGGUGUUCCUCAGUGGUUACAGUGAGCAGUAUGGUGCUAGCUUCGGCUAUCUGGAGAAGGUGCAAGGUUUCAGAAGCAUCUUCAAACGCCGGGAUGUUGGUGCCCAUGCUGUGCAAUCCCUUCAGAAAGGUGAUAUUGGGGCGCUUUCGCAUCAGAUACCAGCGAAGAAGGUGUCCAAGGGUGAGGGAUCAGCACUGCCUCCUGGGGACUGCUGGGAGCUUGAUCCUGCAUCCUUGCCUCCUGAGUUGCUGCGUCUUGAACCACCACGGAAAUGACCCGAUGCUGAUGGCAAAGGUUGGGCGUGUUGUGUAGGAUUGACUGCAUAGUAUACAAAUUGCGGAGAAAGGCUGUUGCUUUGGUCUGCCAUGCCAAGUGGUGUGAGGAUGCAUCUACUUUGCCAACUCUACCUGGGCAUUUGCUCCAUGUUUAUGAUCCUUCUUCAGGUAGGUGCUUAGCAUGAUGAUACUUGUAGGUGUUUUGAGUGUUCACCAUGUAUGAAAUCAUUGAAAUGAAUGAUCAUUUGGUAUGGAUCAGACACUACUCUGGUGUAUGAAUGGUUCUUACGAAACUUGGUAUCAUUACUAAUC